AUGGAUAGGAAGCGUCCACUGGAAGACAAUGCGGACGCAUCAGUCACUAAGAAGCCAAAGCUGGAUGGGAAUGCAGAAGACAUGAUAGCAAAAGCAAAAGCUGCAAUUGCUGCGCGUCUCGGAAAAGCUGGAAUCACACCUGCAACGUCAGUAACCAAGCCAGUUGCUCCUCCGCCCAGUUUACCACCAAAACCAGUGGCAAACUCUUCGAAUGCGGGCUCUGUAUCUUUACCAGAUAGGGAAGAACUCGCUCGACGCGUAGAAGAGGCCAAACGCCGUGUAGCCAAUGCCACGACGCAACAGCAGCUGAGCGCCAACCCUUACAUCCCGCCCCCGACUAUGGGAAAGAAGAAAGUGGUCAUAGCGGAGCCGACUGCCCCGCAAGGAACUGGUCUCAAGACAAAGGCACAUCCACUGCUUCUCGAGACGGCAGCAACGGCAGCAAAGCCUUCGCAAUCAAAAAAGGACCGCUAUAAGCCCAUGGCGCCCAAAUUUGCAUCGACAAAGGCGAAUGCACGCAUCGCAGCGCCGACGACAACGUCGCUGGAGCCCAUAAAGGCAAAUCCUUACACAAGUCGUGCUAUGCCUCAUGAAGGAUUCGAAGGUGCACCAAAGGAACGCAUUGGGCGGCAGCUGCAAUUCAGCACCAAGGGCAAGUACAUCGCCAAAGCGAAUCAGAUGCGAAACGAGGCUCAAAUCGAAGCUCUCAAGCAACGCGUAGCAGCCACUGCACAGAAGGCCGGCUUGGAGAGUAACUUUGAUGUGGUAGAGCGUAGUUUUAGGCGCGAACCACCACCCGAAACGGAAUGGUGGGAUAGGAGUUUGCUUCCAAACAAGACGUAUGACGAUGUUCUGAAAGGUUCAGAUGCUUUGAACAUUCGCAACGAAAGCUCGCCGAUUACCAAGUAUAUUCAGAACCCCAUUCGUCUGCCUCCUCCUGGGGACAAGAACAAGCUGGCUCCAAAACCACUCAAACUCACCACCAAGGAGCAAAAGAAGCUUCGCAAGCAACGGCGUGCUGCAGAAUUGCAGGAUCACCAGGAUCGUGUUCGAAUGGGCCUUAUUCCCCCUGAUCCUCCCAAAGUCCGAAUCUCAAACAUGGUCCGCGUUCUCACCAAUGACGCCGUCACGGAUCCGACAAAGUUGGAGGCAAAGAUCAGGAGAGAUGUGCAGGCGCGCAAGAAUGCUCACGAAAAGGCAAACCAAGAGCGCAAGCUGACAGCCGAGCAACGCCAUGAGAAGCUUGAAAUGAAAAAACUAGAGGAUGAGAAGAAAGGGAUUUAUGGUACAUUGUUCAGAAUCAAGAAGUUGACCGAUCCAUCGCACCAGUUCAAAGUGGUCAAGAAUGCACAGCAAAACGGCCUCACUGGAAUCUGUAUCAUCAAUCCCAACGUGUGUCUUGUUUACGUCGAGGGUGGUAGCAAGGGUAUGAAGCACUACACUCGACUACUUGAACAUCGAAUCGACUGGACGCAGCCUUCCCGUCGGCGCGAUAAAGAGGAAGACGAGGAAGGAGAAGAUGCAGAUGAGGGGGGCGCAAUGGAGACGACUAAAUCCGGAGAUGCCGCCCAAGACGAAUCGUCGCUUGCUGAUAACCGCUGCGAUGUCUUGUGGCACGGCAGCAUUUCGGAGCAUACGUUCCAUAGCUUCAAGUCGAUCAAGGCUCCGACGGACAAUUUAGCGAGGGAACAACUCGGCAGCAAGUUCGCCAACUUUUGGGACAGCGUAAAGAAUUGGAAGCCAUCGGAUGAGGAGCUCUUGAUGGCAGAUUAG